AUGUCGCAGGAACAAUAUACUCCAUAUACAUUAAAUGUAGAUCAAGUGCGUCUUUUUGAUAAUGUCCCAUCUGAUGACUAUCAAAGACUCUACUUUAAUAACUAUCUAUUGAAACAACAUAAUAAAUCUAAUAACACUAACCAUGAUUUGGACCUAUCUAUUAAACAAAAUGAUUAUAAAUCUAACAUAGUUAAUAUCUUUAACAAUCCUCCUUACCUAUCAAAUAAAAUACAUGAUACCGUUGAUGCUAGCAACAGUGGUAGUAAUAAUAAUAAUAAUAAUAAUAAUUUACGCUGUUUUGAAUACCAAUUACCUGAUGUCGACGUAAGUAAUAGAGGGACAGAAAUUCAUGAGAAUUUAAUUGACAGUACUCCAUAUAUUCUUAGGGGAUCUAUUAAAACUUGGAAUGAUAACGAGGGUCAUGGGCAUACUGAUCUUGAAUUUAAGGAAAAUUUUGAUAGGAAUAAUAACGCAAAAGUUAUUAAGAAGAGUCAAAUUAAAUCUAGGAAUGAUAAUGAAAAAUUGGUUAUAACUAAAAGAAGUUUCAAUAGUAAUAAUAAUAAUAAUGCAAAUAAUAAUAGUACUACAAAAUCUGGUUUUUCUACAGCUGCUACUAUUAUCACUAGUGGUGAUACUAUUAAAACUCAAGGAGACAAUAAGUCUAUCUAUAAUUUAAAUACUAAAACAGGUGACAUAUCUCUUUCAUCAAAUCAAAAUUUGACUUCACUGCAAACAUCUUUGAAUCCAUAUUAUUCGUUUCACGAUUCCACUACUGCUGCUGCUGCUGAUACCACUAUUAUUAAUGCUCUUAAACAUAAUAAUAUUGAUGAUAUUAAUCAAAAUAACAAUACUUUAACUAAGAAUCAACAAUUUAAAUUGACGAAAAUGAACUAUAAUUCUAUAUCAAAUUCAAAUUUGAUCAAUCCAAACAAUUGUAUCUUGUGGGACAAAAACACUGGAUAUGUCUUUGUUACUGGAAUUUGGAGAUUAUAUCAGGAUAUUAUGAAUGGUUUAUCUUCAAUAGAUCGUUUAUCUACCAAUUUUAAAAAUGAUCACAUCUACAUCCAUUCUGAUGAUUUGAAGGAAAAAUGUAGAUUAGAAUUAGAUCAUAUUCUGAAUUAUGCCUUCUAUGAACCUAUAUCAUGGGAUGGGAAACAAACAAGAAGAAGGAAAAGUAGUCUUGGUAGUUUUAGCAGUGGGAAUGGUACGGAUUCACAGAAAAAAGACGUUCAUAAUGAUGGUACUGAUACUAACAAAAAAACAAAUGUUGAAAAUAAAAUAGUAGAAUAUCCACAUUAUGUCGAUUUGCAUUGGAAUAACUUAUCAAAAGAUUUGAAACAAUUGAUACUGGAUGAUUUCCAAAAAAUGUUGGAUAAAAAAUAUCCAGGAAAACAUAUUGCUAAUCUCGAUAUGUCACUACAUAUUAUACAAAGAAUUAGAGGUGGUUAUAUUAAAAUCCAAGGUACUUGGUUGCCUUGGACAGUGGCACGGUUGAUGUGUACAAGAUUUUGUUUUCCUAUUAGAUGGUUAUUAGUACCUUUAUUUGGUCCUCAAUUCCCAAAAGAAUGCGAAGACUAUUAUUUCAAUAUAAUGUUAAAAAAUAUGAAAUAUAUCGAACAAAAUUCUCUAAACUUGUCAAAGAAGGAUAGUGGAAAUCCAAAAAAAUUAUCGACUAGAAGUAGACGUAACACCUAUUCUGGCGUAUCUACUGUGACAAAAAAUACUACUUCUUUCACUACUUCUACCACACCAACUAGAACAAGACAGAGAAAAAAAAGACAUUCGACCACAAAUAUUCCUCCACCGAUUAGUCCUACAGAAGAACAAAUUUCUCCAAGAACUAAAAGAAUCGAUUUAAAAACAUCCAAUGAUAGUAUUACCGGGUUCCCACCACAAUUUAUUCCGAAAGUUUCAAGACGAAGAUCAAAAUCAGACUUUGGUAUUAAUUCAUACAUGAAUUGUAAUCCUAUGUUGAGUUCCACCAUAUUAUCAUCAUCACCUACUUCUGCUUCAUCUAAUACUACUACAACUAAUAUGCCCUCUAGUUUACCACCAAUCAAAUCAGUAUUUGAGCAGAUAGAUCCUUAUGAUGUAUCAUUUCUAGCUUCCCCAAACACACUAUUUAACCCUGGUAAUAACAUAAAUACUAUUGAUAAUAAUAAUCAAUCAUUUGUUACAAGACCAAGGUUAAAUAGUUUGCCAUGUCCUAGUAUCACUAAUCCAAACAAAUACUAUAUUAAUAACUAUUCAUAUAUUGGAAGUAACCCACAUUCUGGUGUUUCUGCUUUGUCCAAUUUAGCAAUGUUUUAUAAUUCAAGAGGACAUAGAUAUAGUUAUUCCAAGAAUUUUACGCAACCUAGAAUAAGUUUAGGAAAUGAUGAGAACACUAAUGCUUCUGCUGUUACCACCACUACUCAUAAUAUUAAUGAUAAGAAUAAUACGAUGGGUAUGGCAAAUUCACCAACUUUUUUGUCUUAUGGAGUAUCUACUUCAGAAUCAUUUUAUACUGAUAAUAACGGCGUUAAUUAUAAUUCUAAUUAUAAAUGGUUUACUGGAAGUAGGAAACAUUGA